GUAAAACUACUAUUGCAAGAGCUUUCUAUGAGAGAAUGUAUAAAGAUUUUGAAGUUCAUUGCUUUCUUCUUAAUGUUAGAGAGGUAGAUGAAAAAGAAGGUUUGAUUGCCUUGCAAAAAAAAGUUCUUUCUUCUUUGGAUAAAGAAGCAUGGAUGUGGAUGACUAUCAUGAAGGAAGGAAGUCGAUAAAAAGCAUGUUAAGCAAUAGGAAAAUUCUUCUUGUCCUUGAUGAUGUGAGUGAUCUAAGCCAACUUGAGAAUUUGGCUAGAAAUCAAGAAUGGUUUGGCAAAGGGAGCUUAAUAAUAAUAACAACCAGAGACAAGCAUUUGUUAUUAUCACAUGGUGUAUCUACUUGGUAUGACAUCAAAUUCUUGAGUGAUGAUGAAUCCCUUGAGCUUUUCCACCAAAAUGCUUUUAAAGGAAGUAAGCCAAGUGUAGAUUUUUUGGACCUUUCUAGAACUGUGAUUCACUAUGCUAGCGGCCUUCCUUUGGCGCUCAAAGUGUUGGGUUCAUUUCUUUGCGGAAGAAAUAUAUUAGAAUGGAGAGAUGCAAUCGCUAGAUUUAAGAAAGUUCCUCCUAAUAAUGGCAUCUUGAAGAUACUUAAAGUUAGUUUCGAUGGAUUAGAAGAGGAUGAGAAGACUAUAUUUUUAGAUAUUGCUUGCUUCUUUAAAGGGAUGAAAAAAGAUUAUGUCAUGCAAAUCUUACAAAAAUUGGAUCUACAUCCAAUAAUUGGAAUAAAAGUUUUGGUUGAUAAAUCUUUGGUGAUUAUUAGUUCUGAUACUGUAUGGGUUCAUGACAUGCUUGAGGAAAUGGCUAAGAAUAUUGUUGUUCAACAAUCAUCCCAUGAUGCUGGCAAACGUAGUAGGAUAUGGUCCUUGGAGGAUGCUAAUCAUGUUCUAGAAAGCAAUAUGGGGACAGAAGCAAUUCGAGGCAUCGUGUUAAGAUUAGACAAACCAUAUGUCUCCAAUUGGGAUCCUAAAGCCUUCAUAAAGAUGAGUAAUCUUAAAUUACUUAUCAUAAAAAGUGGUUGGCAAUGGCAUGCUGAUUGUUUUUGUUAUUUGAAUCUUCCUUGUGGGCUUAAAUUCUUUCCAAGUACAUUAAAAGUGUUAGAAUGGAAGGGAUGCUGUUUAGAUACUUUGCCAAGUCCGGCUCGAAAACAACCACAGGUUUUAGGAAAGCUUAAGCACCUUGAUUUAAGCCAUUCAAGAUAUCUAAUCAAAACACCAAAUUUUGAUGAAGUCCCUGAUCUUGAAAUACUCAUUCUUGAAGGUUGUGUAAACGUUGUUGAAGUACAUUCAUCUCUUGGAUGCCAUAAGAAUCUUGCCACAGUCAAUUUGAAGGGUUGUAGGAGUAUUAAAACUCUACCAAGAAAGUUUGAGAUGAAACGCCUAGAGACUCUUACACUUUCAGGCUGUUCAAAAAUCAAACGACUUCCUGAAUUUGGCGAAAGUAUGGAGCGUCUAUCCCAACUUGAUGUGGAGGAUACUGGUUUAGUCAUUGUCCAAGGCUUCAAUCAUUACCACGACUUCCGCCAAUAUAUGGUCUGCAGAUGCAGUUGAUUGUCCUUCAAUGACACCUAAACUUGGUCCACAACAGCUGUUGGAAUGGCUCGAACAAUUUGAAUAUGAGGAUGGCUUUAAGUCAGAAUGGUGGUUCUUUGUAUUAAAUAUUCCAGGAAGUGAAGUGCCAUCAUGGUUUUUAUAAUCAAAAUUACUUCUAUGAUGAGGCUUGGUGUUGUAAACCAAAUGUGUCAAUUAUAGCGGAUAUAGAUGAUCAAUGCCUUUCAAGUGAAUGGUGUGGAAUAGCUGUAUGCUUAGCCGUAGAAGGUUGUUUUGCGUCUAAUUUUUGUUGAAAUUGAUCGUCAAGCGAUUGUGAGGUGGGAAUGUAGAAAUAUUCCAGGCAUGUGGAGCAUCACUUUGACUGAGCGUUGGUAUAGCCAAUGCAUUUUAUUAUUUAUUCCAUGCUUUUAUAAGGGAAAUCUUCAAUUUUCUUUUUGGGUUGGCAAUUCGUACGCAUAUAGUAAGGUCGAAAUAAGGAUAAGGAAUUGUGGGUGGCGUGUGGUGUGUAAAGAAGAUGUUGAAGCAUGGCAAAGAACAAGGGUUGAAGGAUGCAGUUGCAACAAUGAUUUAGACGACUGCCACGCUCUUAAUGAUGAUGUGGUGGACAUCUAAACUCCUCUUGCUAAAUGCCAAAAAUUGGAAUAAAUGAUAGUCUUUGCGAGGAUUCUUGGUGAUUGAAUGGUUCUUGAAGUUGGUUCCUACGAGCUUGCUCUUGUAGUGUUUUUUAAGCUUUAUUUUUAAAGUUGAGUGUGAAUUUUAACCAGACGACAGGAGAUGUUGACUGUUGAUCAUUUAGUUUAACUCCAUCUUUCUAUACUGAACUUGGUUUUGAGGAUUAACUUCUCAUUACCCUCAAUGUGAUUUAGUGUGGCACUUCUUAAAGCA